GUCGGCUGACAGCUGUUCGCCGUUCGGUCGCGAUCAGUCGCGCGGCCACGCAACCGGUAGUUCGUGCGUGUGUUUGCAUCGCGCUCUGCGAAUAACUCCUGUUUCUCUUAUCUACGCAGAGGCGUGCGCUCAAGACGAAUAUACCUGACGUCUCGACGGCGUUGACUGCUGGUUGCAGAAAUGGAGAACGUUUCUCUAUCCAAGGGAGUAUUUGCUCACAAAGGAAGUUAUAAAAUUGGAAAGAAAAAAAGGAAAGUUAAAUGCCCGAUGUAUCUCAAUGAACCCUGGUAUAUCGCGUAUAACGAAACUUGGGGAUAUAUCGAGCAGGCUGCGGAGAAUGUCAGAUCGAAAAUGUUUCAACAAGUUAUAUCCAAUUUGGAGUCGUUCGUGUCGAAAAUAAAAGCGACUCCAUUGAAUGUAUCGUCCCACGAAAUAGCCACGGCUAUUUUGCUAACAGGAGUAAAUGUUCCUGAUCAUACGACACUUUUCGACACGACGGUGUCCAAGCUUAGUAAAAUAACGCCGCAUUUAGCGGUGGUUUGGAGCAGAAAUUGUAAUAGCGUGAAAAGCAUCAUCGAAGAUACCGUAUAUCAAUUUACUCAUCAAAACACAAUUUUGGAAUUGGACGAUGUGCCCGAAGUGCGCAAAAGUCAGUGCACUAUGCGUGUUCUGAAGACACUGUUUGCGGAAUAUCACGAUCCGGAGGAUCCCUUAAUUAUAAUUUUGCCGGAUUUUGAAAGCUUCCCCAUCAACGUGUUGCAUGAUUUUAUCUUGGUGUUGAGUUCGUACAGGAGCACAUUGAAAUUCGUACUUAUCUUUGGUGUCGCGACUACAUUGCAUGUCGUACAUAAAUCAUUGACAUAUGACGUCACGUCGAAGUUAGUCGUGCAGGUAUUCUAUACGCAAACGCAAGUCAAAACACUAUCCGAUGUAUUGGAGGGCACUGUUUUCUCUACAGAGAUUCCAUUUAAAUUAAUCGGCCGCGCGUUCCAAUUGUUGACUGACAUUUUUCUGUUUUACGAUUUCUCGGUGGAUAAUUUCUUACAAAAUUACAAGGUAUGCAUGAUACAACAUUUUUACGAGAACAAUGUAAGUGCUCUUUGUUGUCAGCCAAAAGACAUUAAAAAAAGAAUAUCUGAACUCACUGCUGAAAAUAUCAUGGACAUUAAAAGUUUACCGUCGAUCGCUAAAUAUUUAAAGGCGUCCAGUGAAGUGGCGAAUGGAGAUGGAAAGCUUAGCGAUAAAGAAUUCAUGGAGCUGUUGGAACAGUUGUUGUAUAAAUUCCAUAAAUUUAUGGAUCAAUUUUUAAUUGUUUUGAGAUGUUUGCACUGCUUGAUUGCUUCAUUGCCAGGCUCGCCAAUGGGUAAACAGUUGCGAGAGUUUUACACAAAAGCGGUUUACACGAAUGAUCUCACCGAGUCCCCCGAAUACAAAGAGUGUCUGAAAUUACUGGGUUUUCUAUCGAAGGAGGAACUCCUCUCGAAACUCGAAUCUGUCGUAAAAAUUCUCGAGGACUCCAAAGAUUCGGAAAUCAAGAAAAUUAAGGCCAACCUUAACAGUCACAUCAAGAAGAUUCGAGAGGCCAGUUUAAGUACAACAACUUCUUCCGAAAUCAUCGGUGUGGAAGAGAAACUUAGUCGUAUGCAACUGAAGGAGAAAUUGCUCAAAAUGAGUCAGCAACAGUCGCGCUCUGCUUACAAACAGGCGCAGCUUGACCUGAUCGAUUACCUGGACCGAAAAGUGUUUUCCGUUCAUCUGAUCGAUCCGAGUCGCGUGACGGCUCACGAGAUAUUUUGCUACAGCGACGGGAAUCAGGCGAAGCAUCACAUUCGCGGCUCCUUGCGGGCCGCCAUACACACGGGAUUGAACGAUCCGCAGAUGUAUCUGGACUGCGACUGCUGCAAAUUGGAGAACGACGACGACAUUCCGCGCACGCUCCCCGACCUGAGUAUAAUUUAUAAGCUACACUUGGAGUCCAGGAAGCUGAUCAAUAUGUACGACUGGCUGCAGGCGUUCCUGACCAUCGCGGAUCCGCAGGCCGAGUCGGCGGAGCAGCGCGACGUGGAUCCGCGACUACAAGCUCGGUUUACUCAAGCGGUCGCCGCACUGCAGUUCCUCGGCUUCAUCAAGACUUCUCGAAGGAAGACGGAUCACGUAAAGCGCCUUACGUAACAAUAAUAUCGCGUGUUUGAUUGUUUGCUCGGUUCGUCCGCAUUUGGCUUGUUAUAUGCGCCAUUUGUGAACUGUGUGUUUCUAAGUUAUUCUGUUUUUGUAUCGUUUGUAUCAAUGAAUAAUUAAUACCAAAAUGAGUAUA